UCGUGUUGUCAUUUGAACACUGCAUUUAAAAUGCUCCAAAACGAUGCGGUUCGAACACUGCAAUACGACAGCGAAAUACGCGUGGCACAGCAGCCAAAUGCCACGGAACCCAGAGUGUAUGAUUCCCAUAUUAGCAUAACCUCACAGCCGCGACCGGGAUCAGAAGCUCCCAGGAUACCCCUGCCCACAGUGACUGGCAGUCGAACAUUUAUGCCCCUCUCCGGCUACGACUGCCUAGCGGACUUGCCCUCGGUUCACAUUGAACAGACAUUCGAGUUGAAUGAGUCCCUGACAGCCGUUUCUUCGGAGAACCGGUAUGUGGUCCGCUCGCCGCUGGGCGAUGCCGUCUUUGCCGCCAGCGAGAGUUCCACGGAGAAAAAUCGGCUCCUUUGGGGCGCUGGGCGACCCUUCCAGAUGCACUUGCUCGACAAGACACACCAGGAGGCGCUGGUUUUCCGCAAGAAAUUCGCCCUCGGUUCGAUGUGCUGCCAGGCAAAGAGUCUCGAGAUCUGGAUACCGCCAGGCAAUGUCCUGGGCCGGGUGGUGCAGUCGCCCACAUUCAUGCAGCCCGAGUUCUUCAUUGAGGACGGCAAUACGGGCCAGCCCGUCUUCUGUGUGGAGGGUCCGGCGAAUUCCGGUUUCUGUUGCUUCUGCCUGCCCAAGGAGUGCUACUUCAAGGUACAUUCAGGAGGUAACCUGAGGGCGUCCAUCGAUCAUAAGUGGAUGGCCAGCAAGUCCCAGUACACCACAAAUAUCUACUUUAGCGAUGCCAAACUGACGGCUAAGGAGCGUGCCCUGAUCUUGGGCUCAGCAUUUCUGCUGGAAUACAUGUACUUCCAAACGCGCUUCUAAAGCGGUCCAAUGACAAAAUAAUUUUACAUUUCAUAUAUUUUCACAU